AUGGCUUUCUCGGAUACGCCGCACGAAAUUUCUCCCAUCCUAUCAUCCGCAAAAGGAGCCGAGUUACCACGCAAUAUUUCCUCACCCAAAACCAAAGCCCGUUGCGAUCAUCCUGAGAGUGAUCAUGAAAGUCUCAUGUUGCAUAUUAACCGCCGCUCUUCCCUAGCCACCGUCACCUCCACCGCCUCAGACAUCCCAGUCAUGGAAAUGGACUUCUCCUCUUUCCCACGUCGAAAUUCGGAGCACCGCACAAUCGGCCUUCGCACCAAAAAGUAUUUACUUCCACGCCUUCUAUCUCAUAGAAAAUUCGCUCUUACAGUUCUUCAUCCUUCAUCUGCAGCCGUAAUGAAUGAUAUACACUACUUGCUCAAGGUAAGCAUCGCCCCGCGUGCACUGCCUUGCACCGAUCCUUCGGUGAAGGGUUCUCUGUCCGCUGUAUUAUAUCUAGAUCUGCAUAUUUAG